AUGAGAGUGGUUGUGCUUGCCCUGACUCUGGCCCUUGCGGCUUGUCAACACAACUUUGCCCCUGAAUUUGCUGCUGGUAAGACUUAUGUGUACAAAUAUGAGACACUGCUCCUGGGCGGUCUACCGGAGGAAGGAUUGGCGAGAGCUGGACUCAAAGUGAGGAGCAAAGUUUUGAUUAGCGCUGCUGAACCAAACAUGCUCCUGCUCAAGCUUGCUGAACCUGAGUUCUUCGAGUACAGUGGUGUUUGGCCCAAGGAUGCUUUCACACCGGCCACUAAGCUGUCUUCAGUCUUGGCGCCUCAGCUGAUUAUCCCCAUCAAGUUUGAGUACUCCAAUGGUGUUGUCGGAAAAAUGUUUGCACCUGAAGGUGUCUCGGUCAUGGUGCUGAACAUCUACAGAGGUAUCCUGAAUGUUCUGCAGCUCAAUGUAAAAAAGACACAGAACAUCUAUGAAAUGCAGGAGGCCGGAGCUCAGGGUGUGUGCAAGACCUUCUAUGCCAUCACUGAAGAUGAGAAGGCUGAACGCAUCCUCCUGACAAAGACCAGGGACCUUAACCACUGUCAGGAAAGGAUUGUGAAAGACAUCGGGUUGGCCUACACUGAGACGUGUGCCAAGUGUCAGCGGGAUUCCAAGAGCUUGAGAGGAGAAACUGCAUACAACUACAUUCUGAAGUCAGUUCCCAACAGUAUCAUGAUCCUGGAAGCAUCUGUCAAUGAGAUCAUUCAGUUCACACCUUUCAACGAGAUGAAUGGAGCUGCUCAAAUGGAGACAAAGCAACGUUUGGUUUUCCUCGAGAUCCAGAAGAGUCCUUUAAUGCCCGUGAGAGCUGAGUAUCGUCAACGUGGAUCGCUCCAGUAUGAGUUCUCCACCGAGUUGUUGCAAACACCCAUUCAGCUUGUGAAGAUCACCAAUGUCCAGACUCAGAUAGUGGAAGUUCUAAACCAUCUGAUUACCUACAAUGUGGAGAGAGUCCAUGAUGAUGCUCCUGUCAAGUUUUUGGAGCUCAUUCAACUCCUUCGUAUGGCCAAACUUCAAGACUUGCAAAUGCUCUGGAGUCAGUACAAGACAAAAAGUGGCUACAGGCAAUGGAUCUUGGAUGCACUUCCUUCCAUCGGAACUCCAGUUGCUCUGAGAUUCAUCAUUCAGAAAUUUGAGUCUGAUGAACUGACACCCAUUGAGGUUGCUCAAGCUUUGGUUGCUUCCAUUCAUAUGGUGACAGCAGACCCCGAGGUCAUUCAGCUGAUUGAAAGCUUGUCAGUCAACAGCAAAAUAAAGAGGAACCCAGUUCUGUCUGAGAUCGUCUUACUUGGCUAUGGUACCAUGAUUUCAAAAUAUUGUGCCCACAAAACUGUCUGCCCCGUUGAACUGGUCAAGCCCAUCCACACCCUUCUUGCUGAGGCCAUUGGCAAGACCGACAUACAGCAAAUAGUUUCCAUUUUGAAGGUGUUGAGUAACGCUGGCCAUCCAAUGAGCCUGAAGCCGAUCACAAAGGUCCUUCCUAUUCAUGGUACACCAGCUACAAGGCUGCCCACAAGAGUUCAUGCUGAGGCGAUUAUGGCUUUGAGGAACAUUGCCAAGAAGGAACCAAGAAUGGUCCAGGAAUUGGCUCUUCAGCUGUAUAUGGACAAGUCUCUUCAUCCUGAGCUGCGCAUGCUCUCGUGCAUUGUUAUCUUCGAGACACGGCCGCCAGUUGGUUUAAUAACAAGUCUAGCCAACCUUGUGAAGAUGGAGGAGAACUUGCAGGUGGCCAGCUUCACCUACUCUCACAUGAAGUCCUUGACCAGAAGCACCGCUCCAAACCACGUUCCAAUUGCCGCUGCUUGCAAUGUCGCAGUCAGAAUCUUGAGCCCGAAGCUAAAGAGACUGAGCCUCCGCUUCAGCAGAGCCAUUCAAAUGGACCUAUAUAGCAAUCACUUCAUGCUUGGUGCUGCUGCCAGUACUUUCUACAUCAACGACGUUGCCACCAUUUUCCCACGAACUGUCGUCGCUAAGGCCAGUGCCUUCAUUGCUGGAGCUGCUGCUGAUGUCCUGGAGGUUGGAGUUAGAACUGAGGGACUCCAGGAAGCUUUGCUGAAAAGCAAUUCAUCAACGGAUAAUACGGACAGGAUCACCAAGAUGAAGCGUGUCAUCAAAGCCGUGAUUGAAUGGACUGCCCAGCCUAAUAGCAAGCCUCUGGCCUCCAUCUACGUCAGGCUCUUCGGACAAGAAAUUGCUUUUGUCGACAUCAACCGGGAAGUGAUUAACCAGGCCAUCACGCUGGCCAAUGGAGUAUAUGUUCAGGAUCUUGGGAGGGAUGCCCUCAGAGCUCUGCUGUCAGGACGCGUUUUCCAUGUUGUUAAGCCAGUGCUGGCUACUGAAGUGAGGCGUAUCAUGCCGACGGCUGCUGGAUUUCCAAUGGAACUUGCUCUGUACAGCGCCGCUGUGGCUGUUGCAACUGGUAAAAUCAAGGCAACUGCAACUCCAGCUCUCUCAGAGCCCAUCCAGUACCGCCAUCUCCUGAAGACCAAAAUGGAGCUUGUGGCUGAUAUCAAACCAAGCAUCAAUGUGAACAUGUUUGCUGUGAUGGGAGUGAACACUGCAAUUCUCCAGGCUGCAGUGCUCUCAAGAGCCAAGCUCACCUCCAUUUUGCCAGCCUCCAUUUCAGCAAGACUUGAUAUCAACGAGGGUGAAUUUAAGAUUGCGGCUCUACCUGUUGCUGUCCCUGAAAACAUUACAGCUAUUGAGGUUGUGAGCAUUGCUGUGGUGAGAAACAUUGACGAUCUUCCUAAUGCUAGAAUCACCCCCCUAAUCCCUGCCCAAGCCUUGAAGCCAUCUUCAAAGGAGAUCCCCACCUCAAAGACUUCCUCUCGUUCUGAUAGUUUGCGUGCAUCUUCAGAGAUCAUUCAAGAGGAUGUGCCAACAGAUUUCAAACCCGUCAGAAACAGAACCUUCUCUAAAAAGUACUGCUUCAAAUCUUACGGCAUUGGACUGAGAGGCUGUGUCAGGGUUGCCUCAACCAACGCUGCUUUUAUCAAGGACAUUCUGUUGUACAAAAUGGCUGGAAAGCACUCACUUUCUGUGUCAAUGCAGCGCAAUGAAGAUGAAUCCAUUGAAAGAAUAGAGAUGCUGGUCCAAGUUGGACCAAAGGCUGCGGAGAAGAUCAUCAAGAAGAUUACAUUGGCCGAAGAGGAAAUCAUCGAGGGAAAGCCUGUCUUGAUGAAGCUCAAGAAACUUCUGAAUAGCACCUCUUCCUCCUCCUCUUCUUCAAGCAAGUCCUCCUCGUCAUCACGUAGCAGCAGAAGCAGCAGCAGCAGCAGCAGCAGCAGCAGUAGCAGCAGCAGCAGCAGCAGCAGCAGGAGGAGCAGCAGCAAACGCAGCAGCAAACACAGCAGCAGCAGCAGCAGCAGCAAACGCAGCAGCAAACGCAGCAGCAGACACAGCAGCAGACACAGCAGGCUGGCAAAAAGCAGCUCGGCAUCUAGUUUGGAAUCUCUCUUCAGCGCCAGCUCUGGUUCCAGUCGUUCCUCUCGUUCCAGUCAUCCCGUCUCGAUGCGAAUUAAUUACGAUCGCAUUUUCCUGAAGAACCACAAGACGUCCAAACCCACCUCAUCUCACAAGAGCAAAAGCAGCCUCUCCAGUGUUGAGGCUCUCUACAACAAGGACAAAUUCCUCGGCACUGAAAAUGCUCCUGCAGUCCUCGUCAUUCUUCAAGCUGUGAGGACCGAUGGCAAGCUCCAGGGAGUCCAAAUCACUGGCUACGCAGACAAGGCUAAUGCUCGAGUUCAGAUAAUCCUGGCUGCUCUGGCUGCUGAUAACAACUGGAGGAUGUGUGCUGAUGGUGUUUUGCUCAGCAAGCACAAAGUCACAGCGAAAAUAGCUUGGGGAGAGGCAUGCAGACAGUAUGACAUGACAGUCGUCGCUGAGACCGGUCUUCUUGGUCCAAGCCCAGCAGCUCGCCUCAGAAUGACAUGGAAGGAACUGCCAGUUGUCUUCAAACGCUACGCAAAGAAGGCAUAUGAUUACAUUCCCGAGUACGUGCUGGACAGAGUCGUCCGACGGAAGGAGGAGAACAGUGUCAAUCAGUUGGCAUUCACAGUGGCUGCAACAUCUGAAAGGACCUUGGAUUUGAUUUUCAAGACACCAACACGCAGCAUCUAUAAGCUGGCUUUGCGCCUCCCCCUUACUCUGCCACUGGAUGAGUUGACGGGACUUACACCUUUUGAUGAUCUGACGGAUAAAGUCCGUUACUUGAUCUCCAAGGCCGCCGCAGCUGAAUGUAGCUUCAGCAGAGACGUAGUGACCACAUUCAACAACAAGAAGUACAAGAACGAGAUGCCUCAGCUUUGCUACCAGGUUCUGGCUCAGGACUGCAGUGAGGAGAUGAAGUUCAUGGUCCUGUUGAGGAAGGAUGAUAAUGUACGCAACCAUAUCAACAUCAAAAUUGCUGACAUUGAUGUCGACUUGUUCAUGAGGAGCACGGACGUGGUUGUGAAGGUUAAUGGAAGAGAGGUGCCCACCAACAAUCUGCCAUACAAGCACCCAACAGCUAAAAUUGAGGUCAGACCUAAGGGAGACGGCAUCUCCGUCUAUGCUCCAAGCCUUGGACUCAUUGAGGUCUACUUUGACAGCACUUCCUGGAAGGUUAAAGUUGCAGACUGGAUUAAGGGACAGACCUGCGGACUCUGUGGAAAGGCCGAUGGGGAGAUGAAACAGGAAUUCCGCACUUCCAACGGACGUGUGAUAAAGAACGCAGUCAGCUUUGCUCACUCCUGGGUUCUGCCGGCCGAAAGCUGCAAGGACAACACAGAGUGUCGCAUGAAGCUUGAGUCAGUACAGUUGGAGAAACAGAUGGAUGUCCGAGGCCAGGAGUCCAAAUGUUUCUCUGUUGAGCCGGUGUUGCGUUGCUUGCCUGGCUGCCUCCCUGUCAAGAUCACCGCCGUCACUGUCGGCUUCCACUGUCUUCCUAUCGCCGCCUUGGUUCCCCAGGACUUUUACAACUACAGCGUGGAUCUGAGGGAAACAACCCAAGCACAUCUCGCUUGCAGCUGCACUCCUCAGUGCGCAUAACGACAUCGACUCUUAUCACUUCGUCUCAAAAUUUCCAAUGUAACAUUAAAUAAAAUGCAUCUCAAAAAGGAUCUUGAUGGUGUGGAGUCAUGUCAUUGGAAACAUUCUUUCCUGAACGCCCAUGCACAUCUAACUCUCUUGACAAUCAAUCAGAUUUUAAGACUAGAGGUCCAGGCAUAGACAAGCAAUACAAAACACAAUUCCAAAUAUUCAUGACAAAAACUUCAACAAACAUUUCUCAAUGCAUAUCCACUGCUUUUGAGUUAAGCUUCUACACAUAAUUAAUGUAAUGUCAUGUCCUUUACUUGUUUGUCUUGGACAUUAUGCAUAAAUCCAAACCCUGAAAAGAUGGGCUUGGUUUGUUUAAUUGGUGCUGGAUUGGACUUUCACUUCACAGACGUGCUGAAAUGUCAUGUCAUGAGUGCUCACUCUGACAACUCCGAACAGUGACAAUAUGGCAAACACAUAUCAUGCCUUUGUGUGAAAUGUUUGAUCAACAAAGAUAAUAAAUAUGGCCAGAAUAUGGAAAAAGAAAACAUUUAUCAGACAGUACUCAGUCACACAACACAAACCAUCAAUUAUCUUAACUUUGCAAGUAUGCACUAGCUGAGCGGGAACCCAUCCUCGCAAAAUCUGCCUGGUCAGCCAAUUCCAUAUAAAAUAAUAAUCAGUCAGGAAUGUUUUGAGACAUCAAUGGCGCCAUUGCUUUGAAACUUGGACAGUUUGGCUCCACGGGAAACCAACUUAACCAAAUUCAUGAUGAUUGUUUUGCGUUUCGCUUCAUUCAUGUCCAUUACCUCUGGAGCCGACAGAGGUGGGAGUAAGCAAGGAAACUAUGCUUGUACUUUGUGAUGACAGGAUUGCAACUUCUAUGGCAUUUAAGGGAACAGAAUUAAGCAAAAUCAACAUUUUUUUUAGAUGUAUGAAAGAGAUUCAUAUUUAAGGAAAUACAUGACAUAUAAAUGUCGCCAUCCUGCAAAAAAAAAAAAAAAAAGUCUACAUUCCUCCUGCGUUUGAAUCAGUCAGUAGGGUCUGUUUACUGCACAGACUCUGGACAAUUGUCAUUAAAGGUUAUGUAAACAGUGCAGACACACACAUACGAGAGAGAAAGAGACCAGAUUCUGUCUCUUAAAGAGUGAAGAAUACACAAGUGUUACAAAAAAAAAAUAAA